AGAAUACAAAAACGGGUCGGACUACUUUGUUAAGGCUUUUUUCUUAUUAUUGGACGGGAGUUAAAGCCGUGUGUGGGUCCGCGUGCGCCGAGUUAACUGCACGAUCCGGCCGGGAAGGGGUUAAAUUCCCUCUGUGCGGAACGGUGCGGGUCUAUGGAGGCGGGAGAGAGUCGCGUAGCGAUUGACGAAGGCUCUGCGCUCUCCUUGAAUGAAAUACCGGGGAAUAUGAAUCCGUAUUUGCCCCCUCUCGCCUGAGGGUUUUUUUUUUUUUUUGAGGGGGGGGGAUCUGCCACGCGCACGAGGAUCCGUUCGGAGUUGCAUGCGGGAGGAGAAGCGGCGGAAAAGUGAUGGGAAAGUUGCACUGAUCCUGUGCGUGGAUCCGGUGGAUGAGGGAGGACGGGACUUACUCGCAAAGUUUCCGAUCUCAAGUGACAGACUCGAGACUGGACUGAGAUAAUGUGACGGGCACAUUCCACUCACUUUUGAAUGAACUUUGAGUCACAGCGGAUUUAUUAUUUUGUCCUCUUUUUCGCACAAAGGAACUAAAGGCGUUUGGUUGGGAUCGGCUGAGAGGUGUGUGCGCGCACCGCAGCAGCGGGAUGAAUUCAAAGGAGAGAAGCUCUCCUUCCUUUCCGUUCAGAUAUUCUUGCACGUUGAGUUAAAACCAACUGCUCCCCUAUUAGGAUUUUUAUUUUUUUAUUUCAUUGUCUGAAGCAAGAAGAGAAAUCCAGUCCCUGACAAACUGCUUCUGGACUGUUUCUUUCUUUUUUGUGUGACUCAAACUAAAAUCUGGCCGUUAGAUUUUCCAACUCUGAAUUCCAAGAUUUGUUCUUUUGCAGUUUGUCAUGAAGGAGCGGAUUCUUCAAUUUCCUUUUGAAUAAUUUGGAUUACAACCCAUAAGAGAGGCGUUGAAUGAUGUCUCCAACUUCUAUCGGAUUUGUAUUUCUGCUAGGAUUUGUCCAUGUGUGCUCAGGAUCCCGUCUGCGCCAAGAGGACUCCGCACCCCGGAUCGUGGAGCACCCCUCUGACCUGAUCGUGUCCAAGGGGGAGCCCGCCACUCUCAACUGCAAAGCGGAGGGGCGGCCGACCCCGACGGUGGAGUGGUACAAGGACGGCGAGCGUGUGGAAACGGACAGGGACAAUCCCCGCUCUCAGCGCAUGCUGCUGCCCAGCGGCUCGCUCUUCUUCCUCCGCAUCGUCCACGGGCGGCGGAGCAAACCGGACGAGGGCUCCUAUAUCUGUGUGGCCCGCAACUACCUGGGAGAGGCAGCCAGCCACAACGCCUCGCUGGAAGUCGCCAUUCUCCGGGAUGACUUCAGACAAAACCCUGCAGAUGUGAUUGUGGCGGCAGGAGAGCCGGCGGUGCUGGAGUGUCAGCCUCCGCGUGGACACCCGGAACCCACCAUAUCAUGGAAAAAAGACGGAAUAAAUAUCGACGAUCGGGAUGAGAGAAUCACGAUACGCGGCGGGAAGCUGAUGAUCACAAACGCCCGGAAGAGUGAUGCUGGGAAGUAUGUGUGCGUUGGCACAAACAUGGUCGGGGAACGAGAAAGUGAAAUAGCUGAACUUACAGUGCUCGAGCGCCCCAACUUCGUUCGUCGCCCAAGCAGCCAGGUGGUGUUAGUGGACCAAAGUGUAGAGUUCAGGUGUGAGGCCCGAGGCGACCCAGUUCCCACCGUGCGCUGGAGGAAAGACGAUGGCGACCUGCCCAAAGGAAGAUACGAGAUCCGUGAGGACCACACCCUGAAAAUUCGCCGUCUGACCUCAGCUGACGUAGGCUCCUACACCUGCGUGGUAGAGAACAUGGUGGGCAAGGCGGAGGCAUCGGCCACGCUCACUGUCCACGUGCCCCCGGCAUUUGUGGUUAGACCAAGGAACCAGGUGGUCGGGGUUGGCAGAACUGUCACUUUCCAGUGCGAGGCCACCGGAAACCCUCAGCCAGCCAUUUUCUGGCAGCGGGAAGGCAGUCAGAACCUGCUCUUCUCCUACCAACCUCCACAACCCUCCAGCCGGUUUUCUGUAUCUCAGUCCGGGGACCUGACCAUCACUGAUGCCGAGCGCUCAGACAUGGGAUACUACAGCUGCCAGGCCAUCAACACUGCCGGCAGCGUCCUCACCAAGGCUCUGCUGGAGAUCACUGAUGUUAUCUCCGACCGCCCGCCACCAGUCAUCCGCCAGGGUCCAGCCAAUCAGACCGUAGCCGUGGAUGGCACGGUGGUCCUCAACUGUGUGGCAACAGGAAACCCCACCCCCACCAUCCUGUGGAGGAAGGACGGCGUCCUGGUGUCCACACAUGACUCCAGGGUCAAACAGCUGGACACGGGUGCAUUGCAGAUACGCUAUGCAAAGCUUGGUGACACUGGAACCUACACCUGCAUCGCCUCCACACCCAGUGGAGAGGCCUCAUGGAAAGCCUACUUAGAGGUCCACGAGUUUGGAGUCCAAGUCCAGCCCAACAGGCCUACUGAUCCGAACUUGAUCCCCAGUGCCCCUUCCAAACCGGAGGUCACUGAUGUGACCCGGACGUCCGUUGCCCUUUCCUGGAGACCUAACCUCAAUGCUGGAGCCACUCCCACCUCCUAUGUAAUCGAGGCCUUCAGUCACGCAUCAGGGAGCAGCUGGCAGACCUUGGCAGAGCAUGUGAAAACUGAGUCGUUUGUACUGAAGGGCUUAAAGCCCAGUGCAGUCUACCUCUUCCUAGUACGGGCAGCCAAUGCCUACGGGCUGAGUGAUCCCAGUCCUAUAACCGAAGCUGUGAAAACACAAGAUAUACCUCCCACCAGUCAGGGCGUCGACCAUCGACAGAUCCAGAUGGAGUUGGGAGAAGUGAUCAUCCACCUCCACAACCCCACCAUUCUCUCCUCCUCAUCUGUCAGGGUGCAGUGGACGGUGGAGCAACAGUCCCAGUACAUCCAGGGCUUCAAGGUGAUGUACAGGCCUUUGCCAGAGGGGUUGCAGAGGAGCGAGUGGGCCGUGUUCGAGGUGCGGACCCCCGGGGAGGACAGCGCUGUUGUGCCGCAGCUUCGGAAGGGAGUCACGUAUGAAUUCAAGAUCCGCCCCUUCUUCAAUGAAUUCCAGGGAACAGACAGCGAUGUCAAAAUUGGCACGACGCUGGAAGAAGUCCCCAGUGCCCCCCCUCGCGAGGUGACAGUGGCGGAGAGCGGGGACAAUGGGACCGCCAUCGUCGUCUCCUGGCAACCCCCUCCAGAGGAGGAGCGCAACGGAGUGGUCCAGGAGUACAAGAUUUGGUGCUUGGGGAAUGAGAGCAGGUACCACAUCAACCGAACAGUCGACGGCUCGGCCCUCUCCGUGCAGAUCCCCAGUCUGGCCCCGGGGAUCCGCUACAGCGUGGAGGUGGCAGCCAGCACCGGGGCGGGUCCCGGGGUCAAGAGCGAUGUCACCUUCUUCCAGCUCGAUGCCUCUGGCAAAAUGACAGAGACCGUGGUCCAGGAGAACCCUCUUUCCCAGCAGAUCUCAGAUGUGGUCAAGCAGCCCGCCUUCAUAGCCGGCAUAGGAGCCGCUUGCUGGAUCAUCCUCAUGGUCUUCAGCAUCUGGUUGUACAGACACCGAAAGAAGAGGAAUGGCCUCUCCAGCAGCUAUGCAGGCAUACGCAAAGUGCCAUCCUUUACUUUCACACCAACAGUUGCAUAUCAGAGAGGAGGAGAAGUUGUAAGCAGCGCUGGAAGGCCUGGUUUGCUAAACAUUGGGGAAUCUGCCACUCAACCCUGGCUGGCAGACACGUGGCCCAACUCCUGCUCCAACCACAAUGACUGCGGCAUCAACUGCUGCACUGCCGGCAACGGCAACAGUGACAGCAACCUGGCAACGUACAGCCGCCCAGCGGACUGCAUCGCCAAUUAUAACAACCAGAUGGAAAACAAGCAGACCAACCUCAUGGUGCCAGAGUCAGGAGUCUAUGGAGACGUUGACUUGUCCAACAAGAUCAAUGAGAUGAAGACCUUCAACAGCCCCAACCUGAAAGAUGGCCGCUUUGUGGGUCCGGGGGGCCAGCCGACGCCGUACGCCACCACCCAGCUAAUCCAGUCCGCCAUCAUGGGCAACAACGUUAACUCGGACAGAGGAACCGGAGGGAGUGGAGGAGGACUCGUGGGUGGAGGGGAGGUGAAUGAAAAACACAGCUGGAAGCCCAUUUCAGCUCAGCAGCAGAAACAGGAAAUGGCCUCCCAGCUACAGUACAGCAUCAUGGAGCAAAACAAGCUGAACAAGGACCGCUACAGAGGAGGUGACGGCCCCGUGGCAGUAACCAUCCCCUACAACCAGACCCAUGACAGCCACACUGGAGGCUCCUACAACAGCUCCGACCGAGGCAGCAGUAGUACCUCCGGGAGUCAGGGUCAGAAGAAGGGAGUGCGCACCCCCAAACUACCCAAACAGAGCACAAUGAAUUGGGCUGACCUUUUGCCCCCUCCCCCUGCAAACCCACCCCCAAGUCGGAGCACCGAGGAGUACACCCUGUCAAUGGAAGAAAGGUGGGACUUGUCUGCGCAGACACAAAGACAGCGACGAGCUGACAGCUGUGAACCAGACAUGCAGUGCCCCAUGCCCCCCUCUGACAUGUACCUGCAGCCGGAUGAGCUGGAAGAGGAGAUGGAGAGGGGGCCGACUCCUCCCAUCCGAGGGGCAGCCUCUUCCCCUGCAGCUGUAUCUUACAGUCACCAGUCCACAGCCACUCUCACCCCCUCACCCCAGGAGGAGAUGCAGCCAAUGCUCCAGGACGCACUGGACAGCCACGAACGCAGGCGGCACACUGUGAGCCCUCCGGCCCCCCCUAAGCCCCUCUCUCCUUCACACCCAUACGGGUACGUCACCAGCCCAUUGGACACUGAUGGAAUGGAGGAGGAAGAGGAGGAGGAGGACGACGACAUAUUGGAGGAAGAGGGCGACGAGACAGACGUAGAGGUGGCCAAGAUGCACUACCACCACACCCACCCCCACACACACCCCCACCACCCCCAGAUGCACCCUCGACGGUUGCUGCUACGAGGGCUCGAACAGACGCCUGCGUCCAGCAUGGGCGACCUGGAGAGCUCGGUGACCGGCUCCAUGAUCAACGGGUGGGGUUCCGCUUCUGAAGAGGAUAAUGUCUCUUCGGGGAGGUCCAGCGCCGUCAGCUCCUCCGACGGAUCCUUCUUCACCGACGCUGACUUUGCUCAAGCGGUUGCCGCGGCUGCAGAGUAUUCAGGCCACAGGACGGCCAAAUACCCCAACACGCUGGGCCAUGAGGUCGGAGGUGCUUCUGCACGAAAAUACCAAAUAAACCCUUCAAGUCAUCGCCCUGGUAGCCCGGUGUCGACAGACAGUAACAUGAGUAUGGCAGCUGUACACAGGAGGCCUCCUAAGAAGCAGAAACAGCACCCUGCUGGUCAUCCGGGGAACCAGCGCCGUGAAGCCUAUAACGAAGAUCUUCCACCGCCACCUAUCCCACCUCCGGCAGUGCUCAAGUCGCCUACACACCCCUCCAAGGGGGUCCUGGAAGGCCGGGGAGUGAUUUCCCCCAAAGUAGGUGAGGUUCGAGACAAGAGAGGAGGAACGGGCGGUUAUCGGCCCAGGGAGGGCUCGGACCCCAGAAACAGCUCGUCUGACCGCAAAGAUGCCCAAGAGAGACAAAAGACUGCUCAUGGAGGAAAAGGGAUUAAACACGAGGGAAGCGUCGCCAACAAGGCACGGCAACACCCAGAGGACAUUCUGCCCUAUAGCCGGCCACAGUUCCCCACAGUGAACAGCCCCCGGGACCCAAGCUCUUCCAGCUCCAUGUCCUCGAGGGGGUCAGGGGGUCGGCGAAGAGGAGAAGGAGGCCGCAGGAACCCUGCAGACAUGGGCCUUAACACCACAGGGGCCUUCCAACAAGGAGAUGAAGAGCUUCAGAUGGUAGAAAGCUGAAGAACAGAGGAACUGUCCUGACUUUUCCCAAGAGUGGAGCACCAUUGUUUCUCUUACAACUUUAAAUAUCUCAGUAUUUCACCAUCAUGUUUGCUGCCAUUAUGCUGUACAUCAGUAGUGUUUCUUUACAUCUGGAAAACAGACCAAUGGUUUUUUUUCUACCUUAUCAUUUUCUAUGUCCAUUUAAAAAAAAAAAAAAAGGAAGACCGUCUGAAGAUAGAGUGCAUUCAAAACAAAAUACGCAGUAGUAUAUUUACAUUUAAUUCCAAUGCAAUAUGGAGUGAAAUCUUAUUCCAGACAUUGACAUGACUCUGCUUGCCUCGACAAGAGCUUUGGAGAGCCCAAACAGUCAGAUGUUACUGUCUUGAAUUAGCUGCAAGCAGAGCGGGGUGGACUGUCUGUAAAUAUACGUGUAUACACGUCUUCUUGUUUUACCCACUGUGGUACCUGAAAUAUGUCUCCCUUUUUUAUUUUGUGAAUCCUAAUUUUAUUAUUCCAGUAAAUAUAAUUAUUUUAUCAAUUCCAUCCAAGUUGUAAAUUGCUAUAUUAUUUAGCUGCCCCAAGAAAGUGCCCCUUUGGGAUUUUUUUUUCUUUUCUUUUGUAUUUUAUAAUGCACUGUUAUGUUUCGUGUUGAUGUCAAUGUUUGUCAUUUGUUUUACUUUGGUUUUAAAAGCACAAUCACUAAACUUUAUUUUAAACCAUUCUAUCUAUUAACCUUUUUGUCUUACUGGAGGAAAACAGGUACGACAAAAGAGUCUAGUUAAUCCUGAUGAUGAUGUAGGUAAAGGUUGCUGUUUACGAAGGACGGGCUUGAAAGUAGACUCCUUGCGUUGUGAUUGUCACCCUCUCCAGUUCUGACGCUAGCUCAAGUGUUGAAAGACAGUUAAUGUGAGUCAUAGCUGCAAUGUAUAUAUCUUUUCGCAUUGACCAUAAAUUCAGCUAUUGCACAUUAAUCGAAAUGGUUAUGUUGUCUACUAAUGCACUUAAACAAAUGUCAAAUACAGGAAAUAAGUCACUUUGGGAAUCUGGAGAGGUGCUGGUUGGACAAGAGUCGUCUCUUUUCUUGAUUUGGCAGUGGUGAUGGAUCCUUUUAAGAAGGAAGGGUGCUGUUUAUUCAUAUGACAUCUGCAAGCAUUUGUUUCGUAAAGCAAAAAAGUAAAAAGAAGUAAUAAAAAAAAUGAAUAAAAAAUUCAAACUACA